AGUUCGCAAAGAAUGAUAUCGGAUGUAUGGAGCUUACAGUGUUUUGUUUGGAUUUUAUCUUCUAUGAGGACUUCAGAAUUAUGAAGAAAUUUUCUAAUAUAAAGAUGUACUUACAUGCAUUUCAAACUGUGUGAUAAUAACAUCAAUGUUAAUUUAAAGUGUAUAAACCGAACAACAUUCCACGUGGGUUCGAAUAGCAUUCAAAUGACAUAGUUUAUUUUGUGAAUUCCCCCUUCAAAAACGGGAAAUCAUGAGUAUUCGAAGGAGGGGCACUAAUUCACAAAUUGAUGAGGAUUUGUUAACGAGGACUAGUUUUGUGGAUGCCAGGAUAGCGUAUAAACAAGUCAAAAAGGGUAAAGCUGACGGGAAUAAAUGUGCGUUGUGGGUACGAUGGCAUCUUCAAGAUUAUAUGUUCAGUAUUGGUUGUUUCAUACAAUUACAUUGUGGGAAAGUUUUGUUUAUGGGAUUACUAUUGUUGUCGUUGUGUUGCAUCGGAUUCAAACUGGUCAAAUUUGAAACUGAUGUUGAAGCUCUUUGGGUAGAAGCGGGUGGCAGAUUAGAGGAAGAAUUAGCUUAUACAAAGGCCACCGUAGGUGUUGGUAGUGGAACCACCAGUGAACUUGUUAUUCAAACACCAAAAGAAGGAUCAAAUAUCUUAACACAAAAAUCUUUAUUACUACAUUUAGAAACAUUACUGAGAGUUACAGAGAUAGAAGUAGACCUCUUUGAAACGACAUGGAAAUUUAAUGAUAUAUGUUAUUUAGCUGAAUUCCCUAUUUUUGAUGACACAUUUAUUGAUGGAAUCAUCCAAAAAAUAACACCUUGUGUGAUUAUUACACCACUGGAUUGUUUUUGGGAUGGUGCUAAAGUUCUUGGUCCACAUAAUUCAGUCUGGACAACAUUACCUAUUCCACCUCUAAAAUGGAAGAGUUUAGACCCUCAAAGUCUUAUAGAAUACAUAGAGAACAAUAAUGCAGAAAUGAUUCCAAAGGUGGAAUUGAUGAAGGAAAUAAUGAAAGAGGCUGGUAUUACCACAGGGUACCAGGAGAGACCAUGUUUAGAUCCGACAGAAACCCAGUGCCCAGAUUCAGCUCCUAACAAGCACUCUGGCUUGAUCCCAGACAUUGGAGCUGAAUUAACUAAUGGAUGCACUGGAUUUGCUGAAAAUUUAAUGCAGUGGCAUGAAGAUUUAAUAGUUGGAGGGGCAAAGAAAAAUAAAACUGGCCAUAUUGUCAGAGCUGAAGCAAUGCAGUCAGUUGUCCAGUUAAUGGCAGAGAAAUCUCUGUAUGAGUUCUGGCAGGAUGACUACAAAGUACACAGUAUUGAAUGGAGCCAAGAUAAAGCCAAGCAGGUCUUGGAAACUUGGCAAAGAAAGUUUAUAGAAGUUGUAUCUGGUAUGACCGGAGCCCAGAACACGUCUGAUUCUGUGUAUGCGUUUGCUACUACCUCACUACUGGACAUGAUGACAGAGUUUUCUGGUAUUAGUGUUGUGAGAGUGGCAUUUGGUUACAUACUUAUGAUUAUAUAUGCCUGUGUAUCUUUGUUGAAAUGGAACAAUGCAGUGCAAUCACAGAGUGGUAUAGGGAUUGCUGGGGUACUGCUGAUAGCUUUAUCUGUAGCGGCUGGGCUCGGAAUCUGCUGUGUUCUAGGGAUACCAUUCAAUGCAGCCACUACACAGAUCAUACCAUUUCUAGCACUGGGAUUAGGUGUGGAUGAUAUGUUCCUCAUUGCUCAUACAUAUUCUGAAAACGCUGAAAAGAAAAAUAUUCCAUUAAGUGAGCAAACAGGGGAAUGUUUAAAGAGAACUGGUGUGACAAUUUUACUGACAUCCUUCAACAAUAUGCUGGCUUUCUUUACAGCAGCUAUCAUACCAAUUCCUGCCUUGAGGGCAUUCUCUUUACAGGCAGCUAUUUUGAUCCUGUUUAAUUUAGCCUCAAUAGUUCUAGUCUAUCCUGCUAUAUGUAGCAUGGAUCUCCAAAGAAAAGAUGACAAAAGAAUCGACAUCUUCUGUUGCUUUCAAAGUUUUGCUGAUACCAGAAACUUGGUAAUGCAGUUACAACCACAGCAUGACUUCCAGUCCCGUGACCAAAGCCCGCCACCAAGUUACAGUCCACCCCAGUACAGUCCUAGUCCUCCCCCCAGUUAUGCUUCAUCAGCACUUCACAACACUGUUACCCAGACUGCUCCUGAUGGUAUACAUACAGUAACAAGUCUAGCCCCUAAUGAAGGUGUCUUUGUACCAAGAGGACAACUAGCUACAGAAACCACCAGUUCAUCGUCAAGACAAUGUCUUACUCCAGAAGAGGGGAUCUCAUGCCACCAAACAUUUGCCAUGGCUCAGAAGAAAUGUCUGACAGCAACCUUUACCUCACUGGCAAAACAACAUUAUAUUCCUUUUUUACAGAAGAAAUGGGUCAAGGUUUUUACAAUUGUUGGAUUCUUGGUACUUUUAUUUAUUGGAAUUUAUGGAACAGCACAAGUUAAGGAUGGACUAGACCUGACAGAUGUCGUACCAAAAGAUACAAAUGAAUACAAAUUUCUAAAAGCACAGUCCAAAUACUUUGGUUUUUACAAUGUUUAUAUGGUUACAAAGGAUGGUUUUGAUUAUCCAAAUAACCAACAUCUACUAAGAGAUUACCACCGAGCUUUCCAAACAGUUGAUAAUAUUAUCAAGAAACAAGACAACUCUAUGCCAGAUUUCUGGCUUGAUAUGUUCAGAGACUGGCUCAAAGAUAUCCAGGUAGUUUUUGAGAGAGAGGUGUCGGAGAGGAGGAUACAUGCUGAUGGUUGGUACUACAAUGCCUCAGACAAAGCUAUACUUGGUUACAAACUUAUGUUACAGACAGGAGAUCUUGAUAAUCCUACAGACAAAACCAAGGUGUUCCAGAACAAACUUGUGAAUGAUGAUGGUGUGAUCAACACUGAAGCAUUUUAUAAUUAUCUGACUGCAUGGGUAUCUAACGAUGCUAUGACAUAUGCUGCAUCAAUGGCUGACUUCCAUCCAAUUCCUUCCCAGUGGGUCCAUGAUUCUUAUGAUAUAUAUGAUCAUAAAAUACCAAAAGCUCAGCCAUUGAUUUAUGCCCAGAUUCCAUUUUAUUUGAGCAACUUGUCAACAACGGAAGCGAUUCUAGAGACAAUUAAAGCAAUGAGAGAAAUAUGUGAUACUUAUACAGACCGUGGAUUACCAAACUAUCCUAAUGGAAUACCAUUUACAUUCUGGGAGCAGUAUAUCAAACUUCGACUGUACCUCUCUCUGGCUAUCCUGUGUAUUCUCAUUGUUACGUUCAUUGUGCUCACAGUUGUUCUCAUGAACCCAUGGCUUGCCAGUAUUAUUGUUGUGGUCCUGACAGUGAUUAUUGUGGAAUUAUUUGGAUUAAUGGGAUUAUGUGAUAUAAAACUCAGUGCCGUUCCUGCUGUUAUUCUAAUCAUUACUGCUGGAAUUGGAGUUGAGUUUACAGUACAUAUUUCUGUGGGAUUUUUAACUGCAAUUGGAUCUCGGAACAAGCGAAUGGGAAUGUCGUUAGAACACACACUUGCUCCAGUUAUACAUGGAGCUAUAUCUACUUUUAUGGGAAUUAUUAUGCUUGUCGGAGCAGAAUUUGAAUUCAUUGUAAAAUAUUUCUUCAAUGUAUUGGCUGGUCUUGUUGUAAUUGGUCUUUUGAAUGGACUGGUGCUUCUUCCUGUUUUGCUGUCUAUUUUGGGACCAAAAGGGGAGGUUCGACCAAAAGAUGAUGGGGAUCGAAUACCUACACCAUCUCCUGAACCUUCACCUAAACCAAUCAAAAAGACCAGAAAGAGUAGACCUAGCAGGCGACUGUAUCCAAGGAUACCAUCUGAUAUUUCUCUGACCACAAUAUCAGAAGAACCAACACAGUAUUCAUCACAUGAAAUAAUCGUAGAACCUGAAGUAGUGGUAGAAACAACAACAGUCCCAAUGGGCGGGACUCAUAGCAGUAACAGCAGUAGUAGACAUACUACACCACCAGCCUCUGUAUCAUCAACACCUCAAUCAACACAUGUUACCAGGGUAACAGCUCAUGCAACAGUUAAAGUGGAAGUUCAUACUCCUAUUCCAGGUUCAGUUCAAAGUGUAGAUCAUGAUCAUGUUUACAAAAGUAAACGGCGGAAAGAAUUGGACAGUUCAGACUCAGACUCUUGUUCAAAUUCCUAGCAGACUUAAAUUCUUCUAGAAAUGUGAUGGUGCUAUUUAUUAUUUAUACAGUAUUUUAUGGUUGUGCGUAUGGCUGCCUGUGUGUGAGUGUUUGAUCAUCCAUGACACAAAAACAUUUGUAAAUGGCGGCUAAAGGCCAGUUAUCACUCAGGAACAAUGUUUGUAUCAAUCAGAAGAUGGGACGGCUGACUACGGGUAUUCUCUCACGGGAUUUAUUCUUCAUCCUCUUCAGGGCCGAGUUGUGAUUUAGUAUUUAUUUGUAUUGAACAAGGGGAAGUUACUCUUGUUUAUUUAAAUGUUAAGCAUUGUUUUUAUGUUACUGAUGUACAGAUUUCUUGUUUUGUAAGAUAUUGUAAUUAGCUAAUUAUUAUAAUUUGUAAAUAUGUUAGUGAUGUAAAAUAAUUGUUGAAUAUCUGUUGAUUGUUGAAUGUUUACCAUCAUUUACAUUAUUGAGAUUAAAUCUCGUAACAUUUUAUUGUUAUUCAUUGUAUAUCAUUUGAAUGGAGAAGAAAUUCAACAGUGUUAGUAUUAGAAAUUAUUCAGCAUUAUUUCCAUACCUCAAGCUGACAUAGACAUGUGUAGAUGAGCUCAGGGUACAUAAUAUUAUUUCUAGAAUUUUGGAAAAAAUCUAUCUGUCAGUAGAUGGGUUAGUCACUUUCCAUGAAAGCCUGAUGUUCUUUCAUUGUACAUAUCAUAUACUGUUGUUGUAGAUGAUGGUAAAAAGUUUCCAACUUUGUCCAAAGCUCAUUCAUUUAAUGCCAUGCGAAAAUUUGUCAUAUAUUUUACAUUAUUUAAAACAUCAAAUGUAUAUUCAAUCUUUGUUUAUUUUGAGCUUAUGGAUUUAAGGCUAUGAAAGCUUAUUCAAUUUUUGGAUUAAAGGCUAUGAAAGCUAAUUCAAUUUUUUUUAUUAAAGGCUAUGGAAGCUUAUUCAUCUUUAGGAUUAAAGGCAAUGAACUUUUAUUCAACUUUAGGACUAAGGCUAUAGAAGCUUAUUCAAUUUAAGAAUUAAAGGGCAUGGAAUCUUCUAUUCAAAUAUAGUAAUUGUAUUUUAAUGAGUUGGUGAACAGAAAUUCGUUAAAGCAUUGAAGGCAAAACUUAUAAAAUGGAUUGUAUUUAGAAUUUAAAUUUUUUUUUUAUUUUUCAUAAAAAAACAUUCCAGGUCAAUGAUUUUAAAAGCUAACUCAAAAUAACAGUAAAAUAAUUGAUAGAAAAGAAAUAUAAAAUUAAUGACAUAAUUUCCACAUGGCAUUGGGUUUUUUUUCAUGUUGUUAGAAAGCCAAAGAUGAAAUAAUUGUAACUCAGGCGCUGUUGUUAGUCCCCAUCAGGGUAGAAAUAUGAAAUCCUUCUGUAAAUCCUUUACUUACUAACUCAAAAUAUUUUGAAAUGCACACUUUAUACUUUCAAUUUCUAAAAAUGAAAUUAUUAGAACUCUUAAAAGCUUUAAUUAGGGAAAUUUCAGAUAAUUAUAGCAGAAAAAGCCUUAUGGUAUUAACAAAGUUUUUACACAAAUAUUUCAAAUGAUGAUGGAAAAUUUAAUUUAUUGACACUUUUUUUGGGGAGAGGGGGCAGUACAAAAGUAUUUGUAUCGCAUUGAUCAAUUUUAUUAAAAAAAGUUGGUUGAAUAUUUGAAUCAGAUCAACAAUUUACUAUUCAUGUUCAAAGCACAGUGUGAAUUUAGAUCAAUUUUAUUGCAUUAGAUAACUUUUACAUAUAAAUUAAGUGCUAUGAUAUUGGUCAGUAUCAUUCUUAUGUUUAGUGCUACAAUAAAUUUGAUUUACCAUGGUGCAAAAGCUUUAAACAUAUUUAUUUGUACUAAAAUGUAUUGUUAUCAUAUGUUUGGAUGUGUAUGAGUGAUGUGUAGUGUAUAUGGGUUUUGUGUAAGUGUGCGCAAGUUGUGUUUUGGUGCUGUUAGUGGGAGUUAGCAAUACAUGUGAACAAUUCUCUUUUCUUUUAAGCAAAUAAUGACACAGAUUGUUAUUCUUGAAUACUGAAAAUUCAUUAAUGUGGGGAAAAAUAAGAAAUAGUAAAAUUUGUUAACACUUAAUUGAGGAAAAUAGAGUUUGAUCCAGAAUGAAUUUAACCACAAGAUCUUCAUUUGGGUUGUUAACUUAUUGUUCAACAUGCAAAAUAUAUAGAAAGUGUCAAAAAUUACAACUAUAUAAUAAUAUUUUUUUUGUGUUUUUAGUGUUCACCCAUAUUACUUAUAUCCCUUUAAUCAGGGAUGAUUUGUCCAUCUUUUUUCCAGAAUUUGAAUGAAUGAAUGAUUUUAAAAAUUGAAUGUAUGUACUUAAAUCUACAAAACAGACUUUCAUAGGAUGACUGGAUGAUAUAUAGUUUCUUGCAUUUUUUUCCAUUUUAAAUGAUAAAAAUCAGGAAUUUUCUUAAAACUUAAAACAGAAUACAUUUACACUUGUUAUUAAAAAAAAUUAAAUAUAUGUGAUUUAUAUGCCUUAUCCAUCAAUAGUAAAGUUUUGGACAAUACAGUAAUACAUAGAUGAUUUAAGACAAAUACACCUGGUGACCUCAUUUACCUGUAAAAUCAUGACAUUAUAUUUGGUGCAACAGGUGACACUGCCAGUAUCAGUUUAUUAUUUUUUUAUGACAACCCCUCCUGGGCCUCAAAUUCUGUCAUGUUAUAUGGAGACAUUACACUCAAAUCCUUACCAAAUCAUAAUCAUUUUUACCUCAUAGGGUGUGGUGCUGAGGUUCAGGAGGGGUGAAUUGCCUGUGAUAGGUCGAUAUCGGCUUAUAUAAAUAUUAUAUAUAUUAUGAUAUAUAUAUGUGGUAGUACUUGUGUUCAGAUCUUCUGAUGAAGGUUGAAUCGUUAUCACAUGAAAUGAUGAAAAUAAAAGUUAAAUAAAUUUGAA